UAAUAGCCCAAGACAAGGUGUGGCUAGAGAGGAGGUGUGUAUCUAAUGAUGUCUGCUGCUGGUCUGUUCUUGUCAUUUCUCUUUCUCUUCUCAUCCUACUCCAGUCUAGUCUCCUCCAACUCUACUAAUGAGCUAGUUACAUUAUUAAAAGUUGCUGAAUCUCGUGGUAUCAUCAAUAAAGACCAGACCACGUCUCUUCUCUCACUAGCUUCAGAACUAAACAGUGGCCCUACCAUCAGCAGGAGGAGGAAUGAGCCUGAUCCUACUACUAGUACUGAAGGAGACAGUGUCUUCCUGUUAAUGUACAAUCAACUGACUUUGCUUAAUGUGUUGUAUUUCGGUGGGUCUCUUUUGAUUAUUGGUGCUUACUCUCUCUUCAUGACUCUGGCUUUUGAGGGUUGUGAUAAAAGAGGGAUCAGUCUUAUAAUGAUUGUACAGACUGCUCUCUUUGGAGGAGUAGGAGUUUACUUAUGGAACACAUCUUACCAGUUCUUAGGAGGAUUGCUGUGCUCCAUUAGCACUGGUCUAGUACCAUACACUGUCUACUGGAUACAGAAGUAUCUUAACCUCUGGCCUAAGGAGAACCCUGGCUUCUUCCAAGACUUCAGACUGUAUGUACGACCAGGCUGGGUUGUCAUGGAGAUAGCGGCAGUUGUAAUUGGUCUCUUAUAUUUAACAAUCAUUCGAUUCCCAUUCCUCCUAGCUCCAAUCUCAUUCUGUAUCUGGUUCCUCUCGAUGGACAUGGCCCCACUACUACCACAAUGGUCUACCAUUGAUGACCUUUAUAAACUAAGAAGAUUAGUAUCAAUGGUAUUCGGGUUAUUGCUAAUGACUAGUGGACGAGUGAUGGAGUCUUUGUUAGGAUCCGAACCCGACUUUGGGUUUUGGUUAUACCUAUUCGGACUGAUAGCCUUUUGGUUCUCAAUCAUAAUUGAACAUGACUCAAACGAUCAUCUCAAGCACUCUAUGUUUAUUCUAAUUAACGUCACACUCGUCGUUAUUGGCAGUCACCUCCAACGAACCACAUUUCAUGUUUUUGGUACGCUGGGACUGAUACUAAUGUUACUGAAGACCCUGUCGUACCGUGGGUCUAUGGUCAAUCGGUCACUGGUACUAUGGUUAAUGACAGGUCUAUCGGUCGUAUCGCUACUGGCCCAGGGCCUUAAAUUGGAAGGUAGCGUUGAAAUAAUUAAUGGACUGGUAACGUUUAUAUUAUUUAAUGUGUACUCAUUAAUAUUCAUAGCUCAAAGUGAAAGGUAUUCGUUAUUAUUAUUAAUUACUAAUCUCGGUUUUAUUGCUACCAUACCUUCAUUUAACCACACCCUCUCGUUAUGGAUAAUUGAUAUUAAUGAUCCUCAAUUACUAAUGAGCUUAAUGACACUCUCCGUCCUACUCUAUCAUGUCAAUAUGUUGAAAUAUGUGACUAUUCGUGAGCUAAGUCUGAACUCUUUAUUAUUUUUAUUAUAUAAAAUGACAGUUUCAGUACUAGUCUCUUUAUUAUUAGCCUCGCUGGGUCAAUCUUGGUAUGUAUGGACAGCUGGGGUAGGGUUACCGCUAGUUGCUAUGAUACUAGCUAAUAGAAGUGUCACGCUAUCCUUUGUUCAGUUUAUCGUUCUUCUGUUCUCAAUAUGUUUCUCUCUCUGCCUCUCGUCAAACCUGUUUUACUUGUUAUCGUGUGGUUGUAUGGGUGUGGUCAUACUGGGGACUCUCCACAGAGGAAAGUGGUUCAUGAUUAGUGGGUGUGGCUACUCAGUGAUACUGAUAUUGUUAUCAGUUCCACUUCAGUCAAAGUUCAUGACGACCAUUGGCAUCUUGUAUAUCUUUGGAUAUCUCACUCACUUGGCCUAUGUCGUUUUUAAACGAAGUCUCAUCUUUCCCUUAGUCCUGGUUGCUAUGGGACUCUCCAUUAUAUAUGCUGGAGUUGUUUAUCAGUCAAAACAAAAUGAAAUCUAUCAAUGGAGCUUGUCUUUGUUACCCAGUGACAUAAGUGUUCAUUCUCCUUGCAGCAGGAGUGGUAACUCAUAUCAACAUUUAAAAACGGCAGAAUUUAGCAUCGACCAUGUACUAUCAUACCCACACGUCUAUCUAUUGUACACUGGUCUACUGGUCCACAGUCUGUCUACUGGUUCGUUACCAUACGUCCCCUAUGUGUGUGUUAUCGGUAUGGGCCUGGUACUGGUUGCUAUGGGAUACAUGAAGUUGAUAUUUAAAUAUUGUCCUGACUUGAGUUCUUCAGUAAAGGUAAGAUCAAUGACUCUCUCACUCAAUGAAGCUGGUAUUAAAAAUGGUUUUAUUGUUACCAUAAAAGGAGAUAAGCCACGGUCACUGGAUCUACCGCAGUACCUUUCUAUUGGUAUCGGCGGUGAAGGAUUCUGGUCUGCCAUGAGUGAGCAGUUUGGUGGUUUAGUCAUCAAUGUAGCAAGGUCAGCCUUCCUUCCUUACAAAUUAACAAAGGAGUCCAUAAUUGCUAGUGGUUUCCAUUCUGGCUCAGUCAGCUUCACUCUCAGUAUUUCAAUAGCUACUGGUACAAAAGGAUUAGGGAGGACCACAAUAUUGAAGAAUGCCAGGAAGAUGGAGUCAGUCUUGGCAGUGAUGGAGUGUAGCCUCUUAUACUCCACUAGUUUUUAUUUACCUUAUUCCCCUCUGUGUACACACUCUUUGGCAAUGAAUGACGUGUGCCAAAUGUUACUACAAAAAGAGAAAUAGACCAACUUCAUUAGUGUGUGUGUGUGUAUGUGUGGAUAUUAUACUUAUUAUUUUAUUGCUUGACG